UACCAUACAAAAAUUUUAUUGUAUUUAAUAUUUUUGUUAUUAAAUAAUACUUUUAUAAGAUGUUCUACACUUUUGUCAAAACAUUACAUAUUAUAUAUAUCUUCGACAGAUAUUAGUGACUUUAUUUCGAACGUAAAUUUUAACCAAUUAAAUUAUUGAAGAAUCAUUAUUACAUAAAGUUCAAGUAUUAAUUAAUAUUUGUUUGUUUCUUUGCAGGUUCAUAGAGACCUCAUAGAUACGCUACAAAAAUGACGGAAGCCAUCAAACACAUGUUUUCUCCUAAUUGCCCGCUGCCUCCAAAUUCGUCCCACAUAGAAUUUAUUAAAGAAUCAGAUGAAGUCGAUGGUUUAGAUUUUAGAUUUCCGAUUUGCGUCCGCCCGUUUGGAAAGUUUCAAGGACUGACUGUGAGCGUGGUGUUACGGGCCGGAUUUUCCCAUCCGACCUCGUAACCGACUUAUGUAAGUCGCAAUUAAGCAUUCGGCUAAAUAUAUUAAUAUGUAGCAAAAUAAUAAGAUCGCACAACGCCGAGCGCGAAAUGGAAAAUGAGCGCAACGGCCCAAUUAGAGCCCAAUUAGGAUAAUCGGAAUUUGAACGCAGCAGCCUUGUCAAGUAGCAGAAACGCUGAUUGGCAAGGAUGCAUCUUAACCUAUAAUAGUCGAUUAUUAUCAGUGGUCCAGAUUUGUACGCAAUAUUCCAUGCGACAAUGUGUCGAUCGGCAGCGAUCAGGCACAGAUCCUAACGCAUCGGUAUCUAAAAUAGAUGUAUGGAAAAAAAGAAACAAGACUCAUUUGUAUGCAACUUUUAUACACUUCCCACACAGCACACUUUAUCCUAGGGAUGUCACGGAUAAUCUUAUGAUAAAGUCAUGGAAGUAAUAGAUAAUGAAAAUGAAACCGAAAGAUUAUUUUAUAUCGAUGGUUUUGCAGGGAGUGGAAAAACAUACCUAUUUAACACAUUUAUGAGUAUAUUACGUGGAAGAAACGAGAAAAUUCUAUCAUGUGCUUUUACAGGAAUUGCAACACUACUAAAAGGAGGAAGAACAUAUCAUUUCCUGUAUAAGCUAACAAUUCUCAUUGAUGAAGGAGCAAAAUCAAAUAUCAGAGGAAACACAGAGGCAGCAAGAGGACUCAUCUCUGCAAAACUAAUCAUAUGGGAUGAGGAAAUUUUAGAUAAAAUCUACCAGUAGUGCCUCAAGUCAAAAAAGCAGCAAUAAAUUAUUAGCUAUAAUGCAGAGCCCUGGCGGAAAAAAUUUCUACGAAAAUGUAA